AUGGCGAUACCUGCCAACCGUUCUCUGGCCCUACGGCCGGUCGUCCUAGGCUUGGGAAAACUCCUGAUGCUGUCUUUAUCCCAUGUUUCUUUUGUCUCUGCUGCUCCUACACCUCAUUUUCUUACCGCUCGAAAACACUCCCACUUCGAUCCCUUACCGGCGGAUGAUCCAAGUUUAUGGCUGUAUCUUGGAGUGGCUGCCGCCCUCGUCCUGAGUGGCGGCGCAUUCGCUGGGUUAACAAUUGCAUUGAUGGGCCAGGAUGAGGUAUACCUCCAGGUCAUCCAGACAUCAGGCGAGAGCCCCUCCGAACGCAGGAAUGCAGCCAGCGUCCUGAGACUUCUGCAGCGUGGGAAACACUGGGUGUUGGUCACCCUGCUGCUCAGCAAUGUCAUCACAAAUGAAACCCUUCCUAUCAUCCUGGAUCGGUCGCUUGGCGGCGGUUGGCCUGCUGUUCUGGGCAGUACUGUUUUGAUCGUCAUCUUCGGCGAAAUUGUCCCCCAGUCAAUUUGUGUUCGUCACGGUCUGCCAAUCGGUGCGUGGAUGGCCCCCGGUGUCCUCACCCUCAUGUAUAUCUUGGCUCCUGUCGCAUGGCCCGUUGCGAAGUUACUCGAUAAGCUCCUUGGAGAGGACCACGGAACCAUCUACAAGAAAGCGGGAUUGAAGACACUGGUUACCCUUCAUAAGACGUUAGGCGAAGCUGGCGAGCAACUCAAUUCCGACGAAGUCACUAUCAUCAGCGCUGUCCUUGAUCUAAAAGAAAAAUCCGUCGGAAGUAUUAUGACUCCAAUGGAAGACGUCUUCACAAUGUCCGUGGAUACCAUCCUCGAUGAGGAAACGAUGGACCUCAUUCUUUCCCAGGGCUAUUCCCGCAUCCCUAUCCACGCCCCGGACAACUCACGGAACUUCAUUGGUAUGCUGUUGGUCAAGAUGCUCAUUACCUACGAUCCCGAAGACUGCAAACCUGUCCGAGACUUUGCAUUGGCUACCCUCCCCGAGACCCGCCCGGAGACUAGCUGUUUGGAUAUCGUCAACUUUUUCCAGGAAGGUAAAUCGCAUAUGGUCUUGGUCUCAGAAUACCCUGGCGAGGAUCGCGGCGCCCUUGGGGUGGUCACUUUGGAAGAUGUCAUCGAGGAGUUGAUCGGCGAGGAAAUCAUUGAUGAGUCUGACGUCUUUGUCGACGUUCACAAGGCAAUCCGACGUAUGGCCCCUGCACCCUACUCCCGGGUUCCUAAGGGUCGAAUUGUUGAAGAUCCACCCUCGCUACCGACACACGCCACCUUGAUGGACGUGAACAACGAUGCCCUCGCCCCGAGCACUCACAAUAUGAGUCGCCGUCGAAGCUCUGUAGAAGCGCCUCUUCCGCGCUUUCAACUCCGCCGUUCCCAGGGGGACAAGGACUCGGAUUCGGAUGCUUUAGUGACUCACCUGGGAACUACCGACGAAAUUCGCGAGCACCUCAAGCAUCUGGGGCCUUCCAACUUGGCCAGCCGCCCACGUCAGACGCGAUACCAAAACGUAAAGAUCAAACGCGGCAGCACCUCUCCUUCGCGGUCGGGACUAAUGGAUGCUGAUUCCGCAACCGACUCGCACACCCGACGCACCCUGUCGCUUACUCGGCCUGUUAGUCUUGACCGGGAUGUCUUGCCACCGGGUGGAAUUAACGCAAGCGAUGGCGUCCAUGCUUUGCGAGUGAGCAAUAGCGCUUACGAUUCGGUGGAUACUGGCGUGCGAAAUGGUCUUAUCGUAUCAAUACCAGAAGCAGUCCGUGAGGAGAAAGACAGCGCGCCCCGUUCAGCUCACAGUCGCCGGACCGGAUCUUCAGACUCCCGUUCCCAGGAUGCCGACCUUCCAACUCCUUCAGGUUAUCUCCAUCGAGGCCCUGCACGCAGUGGCAGCAUUACAGAACACAUUGUGGAUGUCAACGGUAUCCGCAAAGUAGUGCUUCAUACAAAUAGCACCAGUUCCUCGGAAGCCGAAGGGCAAGGAUCUCGAGCUAAGUUCCCUGUCCGUCAGGGAGGCGACGUCGUCGAUCUCAACGACACAGAUGGCAACCAGACCGACAAGUCGAAAAAGCGUCGCCGGCGCCGCAAACAUAAACACGGGUCUGGGAACCUGAGCAGUCAUAACGACGAGGAGGCGCCUCUACUACCAUGA